AUGGCUUGGGGCUGGGACGAAUCUGACGAGGCUCACCAGAAGGUGUAUGGACAGGAGAAGCACGAGGGCAAGCUCUCUCACGAGCUCAUUGCCGGUGCUGCUUCUUUCGAGGCCAUGAAGGCCUGGGAGGACCGCCAGCGCAAGGAGGGCAAGUCUGUCAAGCACAGCUUCGCUAAGGAGGCUAUUUCCGGUAUCGUCGGCUCCCAGAUCGAUCGUCUCGUUGAGACCAAGGGAUUAGAUGCUAUGGACGCGCACAAGGCCAAGAAGCACGCCGAGGAGAACGCUCACGAGAUGUACAAUGAGCACUACGGGCGCCACGGGGAGGAGUACGACCCCAGCCGCUACGCCCGCCACGAGCGAUUCGAAGGGCGCUGA